AUGGAUGAUCAGAGAUAUCUCUACACCUCUGACUACAAGAAAGAUGAAAUAAGACGAUACCAAAUAGGAGACAAGAAUGGAACUCUCGUGGCUGGUGGCAAUGGCAAAGGUGCUGGUCUCAAUCAACUCAACUAUCCGCACUACAUCUUUGUUGAUCAACAACAGACUGUUUACGUGUCAGACAACGAGAAUCAUCGUGUGAUGAAAUGGAAUAAAGGUGCAAAAGAAGGAAUUGUCGUCGCUGGAGGUCAAGGCCGAGGGAAUGCUCUGACACAAUUGUCGCGUCCUAAUGGACUGUUCGUCGACACGUUGGGUACCAUCUAUGUGGCAGACUCGAGGAAUCACCGAGUGAUGCGUUGGCCUAAAGGAGCGAAACAAGGCACUGUCAUUGUGGGUGGAAAUGGUGAAGGAGAAGGUGAAAAUCAGUUCAACUAUCCCGCGGCCAAUGCCCGAUGGGCACAGAAUGGUGUGACCGUUGCUGGAGGUCACGGAUAUGGUAGUGCCACAAAUCAACUCCACUGGCCUCGAGGUCUCUUCGUUGAUGAUGAUCAAACAAUUGUCAUCGCUGACUGCUUGAAUCAUCGGAUCAUCCAAUGGAAGACGGGUGAUACGAAUGGACAAGUGGUAGCUGGUGACAAUGGCACAGGAAGACGAUUGGAUCAAUUGAAAUAUCCAAAUGAUGUGCUGAUCGACAAAGAGACUGAUAGUCUCAUUAUCGCAGAUAAUGAGAAUCGACGAGUCGUACGAUGGUCUCGUCGUAGUGGCACAACUCAAGGAGAAAUCCUCAUCGACAAUGUCGAUCCUUGGGGAUUGGCCAUGGAUGAUCAGAGAUAUCUCUACAUCUCUGACUACAAGAAAGAUGAAGUAAGACGAUACCAAAUAGGAGACAAGAAUGGAACUCUCGUGGCUGGUGGCAAUGGCAAAGGUGCUGGUCUCAAUCAACUCGACUUGCCGGCCUACAUCUUUGUCGAUCAACAACAGACUGUCUACGUGUCAGACAACGAGAAUCAUCGUGUGAUGAAAUGGAAUAAAGGUGCAAAAGAAGGAAUUGUCGUCGCUGAAGGUCAAGGCGAAGGGAAUGGUCUGACACAAUUGUCGUAUCCUCAAGGACUGUUCGUCGAUAUGUCGGGUACCAUCUAUGUGGCAGAUUCGGGGAAUCAUCGAGUGAUGCGUUGGCCUAAAGGAGCGAAACAAGGCACUGUCAUUGUGGGUGGAAAUGGUAAAGGAGAAGGAGCAAAUCAGUUCAAAUAUCUCGGUGGUUUGUCCUUCGAUCGACAAGGCAAUCUCUAUGUCGUCGAUCGGGACAAUGCUCGUGUCCAACGAUUUUCAAUCGAGUGA